AUCAUCGCACUACCUCAGAAACCCAAAUUAGAUCUCAUCAAUAAUUUUUCUUAAAACCUAUUGCAAAAUUUGAUUCUAAAAGGGCAGAAGUCAUAUUAUCAAAUGUCGUUUCGUAAAAGAAGUGAAGUGAUAGGAGGCGGUCCUACUCCUCAAAGAGGAGCUCCAGUUUCACCAAUUCCAGGUAGAGGUCCGGUUGUACCUAGAGGCCCUAUUUCAUCAUUAAAUAGACAAAUUCCUGCUAGAGAUGCAAUCCGUUCACCCCAAUCAAAAUCAAAAGAUGAUCUAGAAGCUAUUAUGAGUAAUCCGGCAGUCAGACCAUCAUUAAUAACUUCUCAGCCAACUAUAUCAACUGGUGCAUCUGAUUUGGAUAAAAUAUUAUUACAUCAGGGAUUACCCUUGGGUCAUUCAUUACUUUUGGAAGAAUCCAGUACUACUGAUUUCUCUUCUGUAGUGCUCAGAGCAUUCGUUUCACAAGGGGUUAUGCAUAAUCGAAUUACAAAAGAUAAGCUUCAUUCACAUGUUAUAGUAGCUGGGGUUCCAAGUCAAUGGGCUAAUGAUUUACCAGGAUUAUAUAAGGGUUCAUCUAAAGAGCAAAAAAAGGCAAAAAUAGCGGAAAAUGAAUCUAAGGUUAGUGUUUCUAACUUAUCUAAUAGAGUAGCAUCAGGUAGAAAUGAUUUAAAGAUUGCAUGGAGAUAUGGAUUAAAUCAAAAAGCAUCUGGUGAAGAAUUCGGUGAAAAUAGUAGUUAUGAAAAUUACAAUAAUCAAUUUGAUAUAACACAGAAAUUAACACCAGGUCCAAGUAGUCAAGACAUUUCCUUCGUGAGGAUUUCACCUAAUUUUGGCGAUAUAAUAAGUCAAAUAGAAGGAAUUAUAAAGUUACAGUUGAAGCAAGAUCCUUCAAAAACAAUUAGAUUGGUCAUUCCAAGUCUUUUAAACCCAACCAUUUACAGUCCUAUAUUUAGUGCACCUACUUUCAUAAUACCAUUCAUACAUACAUUAAGAGCACAACUACGUAAAUACGAAAAUUCAUUGUCAUUAAUAGCAUCAAUUUGUUUAGAACUCUAUCCAAGAGAUUCUAGUUUAACUUCCACAUUAGAAGGAUUGUUUGAUUCCGUAAUUCAUUUACAACCAUUCAAUCAAGAAAUGAGUCAAUUGAUAGAAAAAGCAUACAAGAAUGAGCCUGCUAAAAUUCAGCAAGGUCUAGUGAACAUUAUAAAACUACCUGUUUUGUCUGAGAAGGGUCUUAUGAUGAUUCAUGAUGGUGAAUAUGCUUUCAAGAAUGGUAGAAAGAAAUUUGAAAUAGAAGAGUGGGGUAUACCUGUGGAGGAUGUUGGUAAGGAUGAGGAACAACAAACCACUAAAAAUAUAGACUUCUAAAUAUCAUAAUAAUGUAUACUUUUCAUGCUAACUUUUGGUCUAAGUUUUCCAAUUUCUGUAGAAUCUGUUUCUGUGUACUUUGGAUCUCGUUUAUCCGGCCUAUAACAUAUAAGAAUUGAUCUUCUGAAAGUGUAUUAGAUGACCCGCUAUCACUUCUCAUUGAUGAGCUGCGUGAAUGUACAAAGAGGCUGGUAGAACUAUUGUUGAACUGUGUGUCACUUGUAAAGGAAACUGUCUUUGCUCUCUUGUUGAUCUCUUCAAGGACUUCUUUGUCUUUAGUUUGUAUUGCUUCAUGUUCAAUCUCGCUAAUCUUUUGGCGACGUAUGGGUGAACCACUUCUCUUAAUAGGAGAAAAUCUAUUUGGCUGAGGUAUUUUGG